UUCGGAUCGUUGGUUUUAAUCCGAUAGUUCAAGCAUUCCUCAAACUAUUCACCUAAACGGUCAUUAUAUCACUUUGAUGAACGAGGCUUAAUGCUGACUUCCACAUCUCUAUAGAUAAGAGUCCGAUUGAACUUCAUUGUUUUGGUUUAACUUCGAAAACGUUGCAUUUUUUGUUCUUUAAAGACUUUCCGGUGUCUCACUUAACUGUACUAAUUCUUAAAGAUAACAUUUAAUUUAAAAGACAGCGCUUUUUUACUUUUAAAAUAUAUUUCUAACGUUAAAUUUUCCCCGUUAAAGACUUUCCGUUUUUUUUCCUGUACUAAUUUCUUCAUAAUUUUAAAAGGUCGAGGUUAUUUACUCCGCGGAUUUUGACAGAUUUUUGACCGCUUUCAAAAAAAUUUGCUGUUGAUUUGGAAAGACUCCAUUUUAAACAAAUUGAUCUGUCUUCAUUGACCACUGAUAUUAAAAAUAUAUUUCAUUGUGAUUGAUUUCAUUCUACAGGAUAGACUCCAUUUUGAACAAAUUGAACAGUCUUCAUUGACAACUGAGAUUGUGUUUAGGCUUUUUUUUUAAAUCAUGCCAACAAGAGGGAAGAGGUGCAAGACGGUCACGGGAUGAGAGCAAGAGAAAUCAAGAAGCAACAAGGAGCAGAAGGGCUCAAGAGAUGCAGAAAGAAAGUAUUCAACUUCUCAGAGAUCAACAAGAGAGAUACCAGGAGAGAAAGGCUCAAGAGAUGCAGGAAGAAAGAACUAAACAUCUCAGAGAUCAACGAGAGAGACAGCAGAAGAGAAGGGCUCAAGAGACGCAGGAAGAAAGAACUCAUCGUCUCAGAGAUCAACGAGCAAGACAGCAGGAGAGAAGGGCUCAAGAGACGCAGGAAGAAAGAACUCAACGUCUCAGAGAUGAACGAGAGAGACAGCGGGAGAGAAGGGCUGAAGAGACACAGGAAGAAAGAACUCAACGUCUCAGAGAUCAACGAGAGAGACAGCAGAAGAGAAGGGCACAAGAGACGUGGAAAGAAACAACUCAACGUGUUGAGGAACAUCGAGAAAGAAUACAAAGGAGAAGGGAUGAAGAGACGGGAGAUGAAAAGACUAGAAGGCUGGAUGAACAGCGAGACAGAGAUACAAGACAACAAAAUGCACGAUUCACAAAGAGAAGUCUUUCUGCUGAUGUUCGUGAAAUGACCAAUGUUUGCCCUCAGUGCCGAGCGUACCGCUUCUCAGGAGGAACAACCAACUUUUGCAGCAUGAAGGCCUCAACCUCGCUGUUCAAUUUAAGACUGGACACCAUGGGGAAAAAGCAGAACAAGAAGGAAGUGGGGAAGGAUCUGGAGGAGGAGAAGCACAUGGUGGAGAAAGUGCUGGACAGGCGCAUAGUGAACGGCAAGGUGGAGUACCUGCUCAAAUGGAAAGGAUUCUUGCUUGAUGACAACACGUGGGAGCCGGAGAAAAACCUGGACUGCCCCGACCUCAUCGCAGAAUUCCUGCAGUCCCAGAAAAUAGCACACGAUGGCGUGGAUAAAACAGAGGGACCAAAGCGGAAAGCAGAGUCUGAUACGGAAACAGAGGAAAAUAAAAACAAGAAGACGAGGGAGGAGCAGGAGAAGCCGAGAGGGUUUGCCCGAGGACUGGAACCGGAGUGUAUCAUCGGGGCAACAGAUUCAAGGGGGAUGCUGAUGUUCCUCAUGAAGUGGAAAAACUCGGACGAGGCAGACUUGGUGCCGGCAAAGGAGGCCAACGUCAAGUGCCCGCAGGUGGUCAAGUCGUUUUACAAGGAGCGUCUAACGUGGCACUCCAAUCCAACCAAGGUAGAGAAGAAGUAACGGAGCAGAGGGGCUCACACACCUCCCAUUUACGACUUUACACGACGAGAAAAUAAUCCUGACAUUUGCAGACGUGGUUUUCAGUUGUACAGAUGUAAAGUUCUCCGGGUGAUACUUCUCUCAACUCCUCUCGGACCUGGUUUAUUGCCUCUGACUGCCAGGGGCCGGGCAGGUUGUGUUUCAAAUCCAGCAUGACAUUUUUAAUUUCACUGUUUUAUUUUUCUCCAGGUUUUUGGGGGUAACAACUAAUUGUAGAAGCCAAUGAGUUGUAGAUUAGUUGCCUUGGCUUAUAGCAUCAGGUUUGAGCCCGUGAAGGCAAAAGAAGUCUGCAGGUGCUGAUUUAAGUCACAGCCUCUUUUAGUGCAGUGUUUUCAUUGUGUGGCUGGGCCUGGGAGGGAGGGUGUUACGGUGUGUGUGUAUCCAGCCACUGCUCUGCCACCUCCUCACUGCAACACCCUGGUACUCUCCACUGUGAGUUGAUGAAUGCCUGAUCACAGGACCAAUUGCUGUUCCAACCAACCUAUGGGUGGCUUGGUGGCCAACACUCCAUCCUGCAGUGAUGUUUCCGUUGUGGUGAAAGUUUGCUUCUGUUCAGCCCGCGCUGUUUACUUGGUAAUGAGGAGGCAGAAGCACAGACAGUGGGUUAGAGCUUCAUUCUGUAGUUACAAUCCCAGGCUGCUACCGGCCUUCAUCUGUUACUGGAGCCAGUCGGUGCCUGUUGUGUGUGAAAUAAAAAUUGUGUUACCUGCCUCCAAGUUAAAGGGGGCGGAGUGUUAUGCAUGAAAUAUAAUUAACAUAUUUGAUGUCUCGCGCAAUGGUACGCAUGCGCAGGAGAGACUCUAGGUGGCAUCCUGAAAUAAAGUGGCUUGUUAGUUUA